GGAGACAGAAAGAGGGUUUGCUGCAGAAUCGUAAGUAAAGAGAUCGGCGAGAAUCCGUCGGACCGGGAAACCCUAACCCUAAAAAGGGACGGAAGUGGGGAAAAUCCAAUAUCCGGAAAUUUCGGGAUAUCUGUCUUUAUCUUUCCUUCUUAUUCCGAGAAUUUCCACUGCGGGCUCCUUCCGACGGGUAGGAGGCCGCGGAUUUUUAUUUUGGUAAUUUGCUUGCGCCACUUGUGUUCCGUUUCUCCGUAUUAUCGAUCGUCUGCCACUGCCAUCUUCCUGGAUGAUGAGUAAAUGGAGUGCCGCCUCUUCCCCAUUCCCCCGCUCUUUCUUCUAGCCCUAAUCGCUCCAUCAUCAUCGUCGGGCGCCCACGAGGAGGAUUGCUCCCCUCCCAGCGAGUUGUCGUGCUGGCCGUUGUGCGCGGCCGUGGUGACAGUCCUGUGUUGCUGCUCUGCAUUUUGGGUUGCCCGAUCGGGUCUGUGCAGCAUGACGAACAUGGAGAAGCUGGAGCAGCAGAAAACGGCACCGGAUGAUAAGAAGAAGGCUUGCGGUUGCAGCUGCUCUUGUGGGUAUGCGAAUGGGACGGCUAAUGGAGACGUGCCUGCUGUACGUGAGGCUGCUAAGGAAAGGGAGCAGCCGGGGACGUCGAUGAUGGAGCAGUUGGUGCCGGAAAUCACAACUCAUGCGCUCAGUUAUUUGGAUUACCCGAGCUUGUGCCGGUUGUCGAUGACGAACUCGUCGAUGCGCAAGGCUGCUAAUGACGAUAAUGCAUGGAAAGCCCUUUAUCAUAAGGAUUUUACUGUUGAGCAAGACAAUAUUACUCCACCAAAUGGAUGGAAAUCAUAUUAUGCAGCUACAAAAGCUGUUGUAAAUGUAAAUGCAGGAUUUUACAACAUUAUCAGGGAGAGAUCACUUGAAGCUAUGGGCCGUCUUUGGCUUCGUGCUGAUUAUGUGAAGUGCAUUCAUGGUUCUGGAGAGCUUUUUGCAGGGUAUGAUGCUGUUAUAGAGAGUUGGGCACUAGCUUUCAAUUGGCAUCAAGGAGUAGCCUUUCAUAUCAGGGACGUGCGUGUGCGUGUGCUACCUGACAUGGCCUGGGUCACCAUGAAAGCAUAUGUAGAUGUUGAUUCUGGUCCAUUUAAUGUCACCAAUAUCUAUGAAUUUCACAAUGGGCAAUGGUUUAUGGUUCAUCACCAUAGCUCCGUGAUGCUGACCGACCCAAUGGUCGAUCACUUAAUUUUUGGUUGAAUCAAUGAACUUUAUUCUAUAGAUAGCGUUCUCUUAUGAGGUCUCUUUGCUGCUAAGUCGAGCAAUCAAAAUGAAGAAUGGGAAAAGUUUUCCACUAUAUCAUUGCCAACCUCAUGUUGGCUCAUAGGCUCUCCUGUCCAUGUUCCUCCUUUAUUCAGUCUUUUUUUUUUUCUUUUUGGUU